AUGACACCAAAAUAUAGAGAAUUGAUGAUUAAUACAGUAACAAAAGAAGCAAACAGAGUUUACAAUUUAUUUAUUGAAAGGAAUCCUAAAUUUGUUGAAAAUGGAGGAAGGGUUUCAAUAUAUGGACAUUCACUAGGUUCCGUGUUGGCAUUUGAUGUAUUAUGUCAUCAACCUCCGCUUUUCCCUUCAACACCAUCUGGUAUUUUUGAGGGAAGGGGGUCAACUGAAUUAGAUUCUAUUCAUCAGCAUACUGUAAAAUUGGAUUUUGAAGUUACAAAUUUUUUUGCAGCUGGAUCACCAAUAGGAUUAUUUUUGUUAUUAAAAGGUCUUAAGAUAGCUUCAAGAAAAGAACGUUCUUCGGAAAGAUUCAGUCAAGCAUUAGCAGGGGUAGCUCUAGAAAUGGGAAUUGAUAUGACUUUACCUUUAGGUCAAUCAUCAUCUGUUCCAUUAUGUUUUCCGGCUGUUAAAAAUUUAUACAACAUAUUUCAUAAUGCAGAUCCAAUUGCUUAUAGAUUAGAGCCACUUAUCGCUAGACAUUAUGGUAGAGAUAUGAAACCUGCUCUUAUUCCAUACCAUAAAGGGGGAUUAAAAGGAAUGCAUAUUGGUAUUCAAGAAUUUGGGAAUGAAAUUGCAAACAAAGCCACAAAUAUCUUUUCAUCAGUUAAAACGUCUUUAAUGUUUACAAAAGGAUUACAAUCAAUGUUACCACAAAAUAGUGUUAGUAGUAUUAAUGUAACACAUAAAAAAUCAGUUUCAGUAUGUGGAGAUGAAGGUGGAUCAGCUUUAACAAAUUAUCCUCCAACUAAUUAUUCUUCAAAUGAUGAACCAAAGAAAUCAGAGGACGAUGAUCCUCAUGGAUCAUAUAAAAUUAAAGAUUUAAAUUCAUCUGGAAGAGUUGAUUGGGUUUUACAGGAAGGAAUAUUGGAUGUUAGUUAUAUUAAUGCUAUUACAGUGCAUUUGAGUUAUUGGUCUGAUCGUGAUGCUGUAAACUUUAUUAUGAAGGAAAUUUAUAGAGAGAAAUAUGAGGAAUCAGGUUAA